CAAUUUGAUUGGCUUGCCAAGAAAGGCAAAUUGAGUGUCGUUGAGCUUUAGGACCCAGUAAGAACUAUAGACGAGGCUUUGACAACAAAAAGUUGAGGAACUAAAGACAAGGUUAAUUAUUUAAAUGAGAAGUUAAGCUUGGACGUACGGUAAAGAUCGUUGACAGCGAAAAGCCCGAACUUUCCAUUCACAUUGUACUUUUUCAACAGAACAGAUUGACUGAUCCGACAACAUAACGAGAUCUUUAGAAUGAAAGAAUCACAUUUCAAAGAUAAUUUCUGGAGUGCAGGAAUCACCAACACAGCUGGAUAUGACACUUUAAUUCAGCAUCUGAAUGACGGAAAGAAGACAUGCAAAGAAAUAGAAGAUUUUAUUAAAGCAAGGGCUUCAAUUGAGGAAAAAUAUGGGAAAGAGUUACUUAAUUUAGCCAAGAAGAAUUGUGGCCAGUGUGAACUCAAUACAUUGAAGCGAGCGUUGGAUGUCUUUAAGCUACAAAUUGAGAAUGUGGGGCAGUCCCACAUCCAGUUGGCACAAAGUUUGCGUGAUGAAGCAAAAAGGCUUGAAGAUUUUCGUGAAAAGCAAAAAGAAGCAAGAAAGAAAGUAGAGCAGCAUAUGGAAUCUUUUCACAAGCAGAAGGCAAGCCUGUACAAGAAAACAAUGGAGUUAAAGAAAGCCUAUGAGCAGAAGUGCCGUGAUAAAGAGGACGCAGAGCAGGCACUAAAUCGGAACACCAAUACCAGCAACGCCAAACAGCAAGAGAAGCUCUAUGCCAAAUCUCUUCAGACAAAAGCAGCUUCAGAAGAAGCAGAUCGAACGUAUCAGCAAAGUGUAGCAGCACUGGCUGAAACCAUAGACGAGUGGCAGAAGGAGCACAUGAGAAGUUGUGAGAUAUUUGAGAACCAUGAAGUGGAAAGGAUAAACAAUCUGCGAAAUGUUUUGUGGACUAACGUCAAUCAGCAUUCCCAGCAGUGUGUUACUAAUGAUGAGCUGUAUGAAACAGUGCGGAAGUCGUUGGAGCAGUGCAGUAUAAAGCAGGAUCUUGAGUACUUCAUAGACCUGAGGAAGACUGGAGACAAUCCACCAGCACCCAUUGUAUACGAAAACUUCUACAAUGUUCAGAGGCCCCCUUCAUUUCCCCAAACUCCAGUUAAUGCUGGCAGGAGAGGACCAUUCCCAGCCCCUGUGAAGUCAGAAAAUGACAGCUUAUAUGCAACAGUGGAAGACAUCAACUACAGUGUAGUGCGGUACUAGAGGACCUGUGCCUUCAGCAGUAUCCAGUAUGGCUGAGAAAUAUUCAACUCCAUACACAAUAUUUGUGUAUAUGGAAAGCUGCACAGCCAUGGACGAUGUGUAUACUUAUAUCAAUCUAAGACCCAAGUGAGACUAUUAACUUCUAUAAUAACUCAGUUCUGCCAAGGCUAAGUAAGUACCUUAAUCCCUGUAAGGCCGUCUAGACCCACUACAAGAAUGAAGGUUGAGGCCUGCUCUACACAUUAUCUUUUGAGAAUGAAAUGAUGUAUAUCCCAAAUGCAUCACACCCAUCAGUUUAUAAUAGUCAUUUAAUUGAAAGAAGUGUAUUUAGGGUGUAUUACAACAGUAUAGAAGUAGGGAUUUUGAUGAUUCAUUUGAAAUUCAAGAUUGUGCUGUAUUGGUUUGUUAAACUGGUCACAAGCCAGGUAUUGUGGCUUAUAAUUACGGUUUCAGUUUUUUGGUUUUUAUUCAUUUCAUUUUUCGCUAUUUGAGUUUUACGUAAAAAGUUUUUUUUCGGGGCUUAC